UAUAAUGAACGAUAAAGUCAAAAGUAUUAACUGUGAAUUUAGACACAUUUUCUAUCGAUAUUUAUACAUGUCCAUAACCGCGCAAUGAAAACCGAAAAUAUGAUAUGCAAAUGUUACUUAAACUAAUUUUGACGUACAAUAUUUACUUCGGAUGCGUAAUUUAUGAAAUAUUAAAUUUUCCGAAAUCUUGCACUGCCAGAGCAUUUGCUAACGUAUCGAAUUAUGAGUAUAAUAUUAAAUCGAUUACAGAUUCGAAUGAUGAAACCAAAAGCAAUGAAAGACGUUUUUAUUCAGACAUUUAUUCGCAAUUGUGUCACCAUUCCAUUCAGCGAUUCACAACGGACAAACCCAAGGUAUGUAAAAUAAGAAGCAAAAACUUAUACACGUGUUUCAACUUUGAGAGUCCCCGUUAUUUGAAAAAUACAAAGAGAAAUUUCCGUCUGUACUUUCAAACGAGCGCUGAUAUAAUCUAUCGGCGAAAGUUGCUUGGUUAUGAGCGAGACUUUUUCAGAAUUCACCCUAUGAGAUAUAACAGAUCUAAAAGGAUACCUCAUGAAAUUACCCAAAUGAAAGUAUCAGGUUUAACGAAGAAGAAACAUGACGUCAUUGCAAAAGAUACCUAUUCGAAUGAUGAAAAUAUAGAUUGGGCGGCCUGGGACAAUUGGAGUAUUUGGAGUGCGUGCAGUGUAUCUUGCGGGCAAGGACGACAGGUUCGUUGGCGUCAUUGUUUGUCCACAGAUUGCACUAAAGGUCUCAAGAAGGCGCAGUUGAAAAGCUGCCAUCUGAAAGAUUGCGGGACCAAAGGCUUCCUCGGCUGGCUCGGAAUAAAAUCAUGAUUCGUUUCCGACUUGCAAAAGCAAUCGACAAAGUCUUCUUGACAUCAUUAUGUGGAAAGUACUAAGCGAUCUCGAGAACGCACAAACAAAAAAAUCCUUGCUUUGUAAACUAUUACGGAGAGAGUUUAUUUCCGGAUAUUACUCUUUUCCGGAAUAAAAUUGUUCUGAUCUAACAACAAGAAGAAUACAAGAAUGCAAGCUCGAUUGAGCUAUGGAUCAUAUUCCUUAAUAUUUU